CAACACGAAAAUCCUCAUUUGACAUGCCUUCUAGAGCAUGCUUUUCCCCACAGAAGACACAUGCGCCCAUGUCCCCUUCUUCUUUUUGGCCUGUUUGAAGGACUAUCCGUCAACUUACAUCCUGGUGCUUUUUUGUUUGUUCAUUAAUUAGUUAGACAGUUGGGUUGUUAUUAACUCGGCAUUAUUGCUAACUAGCAAAAAAAACAAACACUGAUAGUUUUAUUGGCUCAUCCGGGCAGCAGAGUAGUAACGCCGAGAUGAGGAGUGGAGCCUACAAGUUUCUGUCCGUUUUUUCUUGUCUCAUUGUUUGCGGUUUCAUGUUCAUGUUUUGGUUUUUCGUUUUUUACUCCAUGGUACUUGCGCCAUAAUUUACAACUGGAAUGUAAUUUUUUUUUUUUUUUACAGUUAGCUAGUUUUUUUUAGCACAGACAGCUAGCUAAAUUCGCUAACGUUAAGAUUUACCAAGUCGACAUUGACCCCCCCGCAAAGCAACGUACACUGACUGACAAGUCGUAGCCAGUAAAAAGAUUGAGUCCGAAUUUACUACACAACAAUCAACAGAAAGAGACAAAUGUAGCAACUGAACGGCUAACGGCUAAUUUGUGUAUUUGGGUUAGCGAACGGCUAACUAACAGCUAACCAUCUCGUUAGCUAACGGCUAACUGGUAUAUUUGGGUUAGCGAACGGCUACAUAGCAACAACAUUGUGCACGUACCAUAGUGCAUUGCGGCAACGACAGAUCACAUGAUCUGAAUAAGGAAGCGAGGUGUAUUUGGGGCGAUGACCCAUAUGGAGUCCGGUUGUUAAUCGACGUGCUAAAAAUCAUAUUGUAUCUGAGCAUCAAGGAACAGGAUCGGUGAUAGAGAUGGCUUCUGUGCCCGUAGACAAAGACAGUGCAGAUCAAAAGCUGCAGUUUGCUCCCUUCUCCAGUGCCUUAGAGGCAGGCUUCUGGCACCAGCUCACUCAGAAGAAACUCAACGAUUACCGACUGGAUGAAAGCCCCAAGAAUAUCAAAGGCUACUACUACAAUGGCGAUCCAGUCGGCCUCCCCACUCGCCUGACUUUGGAGUUUAGUGCAUUUGAGGCGGAUGGCCCCAGCCCAGCCCGCUGCUGUCCCGUCACAGGGACCCUGUAUAACACCAACACACUAGAGGCCUUUAAGACCUCAGACAAAAAAGCACUGUUGGAACAACAGGCCACGGAGAUUUGGGAUUCCAUACAGUCCGGUGAUGCUCUCAAUGACCCAUCCCUCCUCUGCAAAUUCCUUUUGCUGACUUAUGCAGACCUGAAGAAGUACCACUUCUACUACUGGUUCUGUUUCCCAGCUCUCUGUUUCUCUGAGGGAAUUAAGAUCCUCAAGGAGCCGGCUACGUUAGAUCAAGUCUUCUCUUCUAAACAGACCUCAGCCUUACAGGCAGCCUAUGACAGUCUGUGCGGUGAAACAGGGACCUCGGCUGUUCCUUACUUCCUGAUAAAGUACACAGGGGAUACCGUCCAGGUGGCCCAGCUACGAGACUGGGACAGCUUCAACACUAAUCUCAACAAGGUAACCGUGGGUGUGUAUGACCCCUGCACUCUGCCCCAGCAUCCUGGAUGGCCUCUGAGGAAUCUGCUGUUUCUCCUAGCCAGCAAAUGGGGCUCCCAACUAGAUGUGGUGGAGGUGCUGUGUUUCAGAGACAGGACUCUUCAGGGCAGCAGGAACAUUCAGCACAGCAUCGUGUUCCAGGUCAAACUACCGAUCCCUGAGCAGUCUGUCAGUGCAGCGUGUCCAAAGAAUGUAGGAUGGGAGAAGAACCCUAAAGGAGCCAUGGGACCCCGGAUGGUCAACCUCAGUGAAUGUAUGGACCCAAAGAGACUUGCAGAGUCCUCGGUGGAUCUCAACCUGAAGUUGAUGCGCUGGAGGCUAGUACCUUCUCUGAAUCUGGACAAAGUGACUUCUACUAAGUGUCUGCUGCUGGGAGCUGGUACACUGGGCUGCAACGUAGCCAGGACUCUAAUGGGAUGGGGAGUGAGACACAUCACGUUUGUGGACAACUCUAAGAUCUCUUACUCCAACCCAGUCAGACAACCGCUGUAUGAGUUUGAAGACUGUCUGGGAGGAGGCAAGUCCAAGGCCCUCGCUGCCGUCGACAGACUGGGCAAGAUCUUCCCUGGAGUGAAUGCAGAGGGACACGUGAUGAGCAUCCCUAUGCCAGGCCACCCAGUCAACUUCUCUGAGGCGACCAUGUCUCAGGCCCGGCAGGACGUUGAACACCUGGAGAAACUGAUCUCGGAGCAUGACGUCGUCUUCCUGUUGAUGGACACCAGGGAGAGUCGAUGGCUGCCGACUGUUAUAGCUGCCAGCAAUAGGAAGUUGGUAGUGAAUUCUGCCCUGGGCUUUGACACCUUUGUGGUGAUGAGACACGGUCUGAAGAAACCUAAACUCUGUGGACCAGGAGACUCCUCCGACCCUUCCUCUUCCUCCUCCGCCUCAUCCUCUUCCUCCACGCCGGCCGAGCCCGCCCAGCUCCCAGCAGCCUCUCUGUUCUCCAACAUCCCCGGACACCGCCUCGGAUGCUACUUCUGUAACGACGUUGUCGCCCCCGGAGACUCCACCAGAGACCGGACCCUGGACCAGCAGUGUACAGUGAGUCGUCCAGGCCUGGCCAUGAUAGCAGGAGCCCUGGCUGUGGAACUCAUGGUGUCCAUACUACAGCAUACUGAAGGAGGUUAUGCGGUAGCCAGCAGUAGUGAUGACAGGAUGAAUGAACCUCCAACCUCCCUGGGUCUCGUCCCUCAUCAGAUCAGAGGGUUUCUGUCCAGAUUUGACAACGUUCUACCGGCCAGUCUGGCGUUCGACAAAUGCACUGCCUGCUCACAAAUCGUCCUGGACAGCUAUGAGAAGGAUGGUUUCAACUUCCUGUCCAAGGUGUUUAACUCCUCCCACUCCUUCCUGGAGGACCUGACUGGUUUGACUCAGCUACACCAGGAGACACAGAACGCAGAGAUUUGGGACAUGAGUGAUGAUGAGAGCAUCUGAGAGGGAGGACGGAACCCCGAAACAUCAGAGUUCUAGAAUCGGAACACGGAACACAUUCUACUGCGUUCCAACAAGCCAUCACUUCUCAUCAGAACAUAUAUAACGGGCCUUCUUCACUAUUAUUAUUUUCUAAACCCCGGUUGGUGUUUACGAAUGCCUCCGAUACAGUUUUAAUGACGGCUAACAACAUUUUAAGUGGUCAUAGUUGAUUGAAUUAAGAAUACAAGGGUCUUCCAGUAUUUUCUGAAACUGUUUUAGAAUUGACGUUGGGUAUCAUCAGAAAGGAUGAAAAAACAUCAUCUUUAAAAUGCCACUGAUAAUAUUAUCAUCUAAUAAACAUCUGAAAUGUAAAGAAUGUCUGUAGUGUUGAGGGAGAACCCCUCGCAUUAUAACAGUGUCACUCUCAUGACAACUAAUAUGGUGAGACGUUCUAUUCCUUCUAAGUUCUGAAGGGGAAUGUAAAGAUAUAUAUUUUGAAGAUUGCUGAAAAUGUUUAAAUGCUUCUUGAAUCAUUUGUGUUAUUUGUUUUUCACAGAUAAGUUGUCCUGAUUACGACCCAGCUCACUGUCUGUCAACUGAUUUCACUUGUACCAUACGGCUGACUCCUUUUCUGUUGGGAACAUAUACAUUAACCAGAUUGACCUUCUCCUGUAACAUACAGUAUAUAUAUAUAUAUAUAUAUAUAAAACACAGGUACUUCUCCUGUAACAUACAGUAUAUAUAUAUAUAUAUAUAUAUAUAUAUAUAACACAGGUACGCUCUUCACUAUUGCUCUUCCAGUUUCAGGGACUUUUCACACAUUUAUGUCCAUCCAGAUGAUUACACUGUGUAAAUAUGGCUUGAUGUAGACAUGCAUACCAGUACAACAUACAAUAGGAACUGCUUUACAACCCCCGAGGGGUAGGUAUCACGGUUUGUGAAACACAGAAUGAUGCCACCACUCCGUACAGUUUCUCCAUAUUCUGUCAUGUCGCAUCUUGUACUUUUUUUUUUGUAACAUCUUUGUCAAGUACAGAUAAAAGCCAUAUUUGACUCUUACAUUGGAUGUAAAAUCAAAUUAAAUGUUCCCUGUAUGGA